ACUGCGUUGUAUACAUUUAAAACAAGGCCAGUUUGGUUUCUUGCGCUGUUUAUUUAAACGAAAUAUUCUCGUAAGCUCAUCGUUCUUGCCUGAAAAUGCCGGUGGAACCAGGUGAAGGAAUGAAACUGCUCACAGAAGAACAGCUGGAAGAAUAUCGUGAUGCUUUUGAUGUUUUUGACCGAGAUGGGAAUGGCAAGGUUUCUAGUGACGAACUUGGUCCUUUAAUGCGAAGCUUGGGGUCUAAUCCUAAGGAUGAACAUUUACAAGAUCUAAUUAAUGAGGUGGAUUAUGACGGUGAUGGCGUUCUCAAUUUCACGGAGUUUGUUGAUUUAAUGGUUAACGAUAAACCAGAAAUUGAAAUGGAUCUGGAACUUAUUGAAGCUUUUCACGCUUUUGAUACUGAGGACACUGGUUUUAUUAAUUCAGCUGACUUGCGCGAAGCAUUUCAGCGCAUGGACGAACCACAGGGGGAUGUUGAGGACAUUAUUGAUGCAACAAAUGUCCGUGUCGACAGAAAGGUCACAUAUGAUGAGUUUGUUGCACUCACUGUUAUCUUGAAGAGUGAAAAGUAAAGAAUGCAAUAAAAUUUUAACAAAACUUUUAAUGCCAGCGAAAGAUAAUGGAACUACUUACUGGCUUCUAAAAGUAAAAUUUUAACAAUGGAACGUGUUGAAAGGCAAAAUUUUGAAGAACAAAUAUUAAUCGCUUGCUGUAUAAAAAUUAAACAAUUUGAUGAGCUGUUUUAAGUAUUACUGGAAUACUUUAGUAGUUUAGUUAGUGAUUAUAUAAAUGUCUGUUUCUCAGAAUAAAUAAAUUCUUUAAACGUGUGUCAUU